UCUCUCGGUAUAGAGCGGAACAACAACCCAAUCAUCUGAAGGGUGGAUUACAAAAUUCCAAGAAAGAGGCGAAGAGAGGACGUGAGACGAGAUCGUGUCGUGAUUCUAACCCUUGCGUAAGAACAAUUAUCUGCUUACUUCUUGCUUCGUCCCACGGAAGCAUAAGGCACACUCCACCCUUGUGUCAAAAAAAAUGUGUCAAAGAAAAUUGUUGAUCUGAGUCCUAUGUCUGAAAGCCGCCCUAGAGCGAACCUCGGCUGAGAAAUGCCCGCACGCCAAAGCGGGGAGGACGACGACGAGCGAGGGAGGGAGUGAGGGAAGUGGAGGGAAGGAAAGGGAAGGGAAGGAACGGAAGCGUUGGCUGCUGUCGGUGCACGUCUGUGCUUGUCCGAGGGACCGAAAAUCGACGGCACCAGAUGCGGCGAUGUCGACUGACGUCUCGGUCAAGAAAUGGGUUUAUGCCAAGGGUUGAUGCUCGAGAGAUGCCACCGCUGCUGUUGCGCGACACGUGGUUGACACUCCCUCGCCCGCCACGAUAUAAAACCUUUUCGCCAUGAAUUCCAUCUCCGCUGCACUGCGCACAGAAACAUUAUCACCGGGCACUUUGGUUGAUUGCAGGUUUCCUCGAGAGAAAUUAAUCGGCGGACGACGGGCAGUCGAGGCCAGGCCGGGCCAGGCCAGGGAACAAAAGGGGAGCGACAGAAGGCUCGAGGCCUGUCAGGGAGGCAGGCAAAUAAGUGUCCCGAUUUCUGGAGGCACCGACGGAUGAGGCAGUGGAGGGCGCAGACGAAAGCAACUCCUCGGAUCAUUCUGCUGGCGGGCGCGGAGGGUGGAAAGUACUUCGGUCAGUUGGUCGGGCUGUGCAGAGCACUGGACCGUUGCUUCUUGGGCGUUUCUGAUUCCCAUUCUUUCCAAACGUUUCGGUCAAGAACUCAAUUUGUCAUCACGACACCCGAAGAUUGUAGAUUUUAGAGUUCCGAGUCGGCAGGUGCGCGAGAAGUGAGAUGAGGAGAGACGGGAAAUCGAACAAUUGCUCUAGCUGGCCGACUUAGUGAUCGAUUGAUAACGAGGAGCUCACUUUUGUGAUCGUGUAUACUCUGUAUCUAUGUCCUAAGACUUCAGGCUUCAAAAUUGGCACAAUACCGUGAAGUGGCCGCUUCUGCUCAAUCACGAGGAAGUCUUAGUCGUGUGUGUCACGAGUAGGUACAGGAGUGAAGAAGGGCCAAAGGGAGGAGAUGGGUAAGGCUGGAGGCACUGCGCAGGUCACCGGUCUGCUAUUCUUCACGUGCUUUCUUGCCGUCGGAGCCUUCAAGGCGCCGUUCAGAGCGGAAGAUCUGCUUCCUCUUUUGCCUCACAGCAUUUCUUGGCCCCUCUUGAAUACUCUCCACAACGCUGUGGACAUAUUACCGCAAUUUGUUGGAGCUGUAUCUGAUGAGAACAGCACCGUCAAGUGGAAAGGGGCGUGCUUCUACGAGAAUGAAGCCUUCAUCGAAUUUGUGGAGCCUUCCGAUGAUAAUAAGUCGGGUGGUGGAGUAUUGCAUCUUGAGACAAGUAACGCCCACAGCUGGACAUGCAUGGACCUCUACGUAUUUGCCACACCUUUCCGGAUAACAUGGGACUUCUACUUCACUGCCCGAGCUCACACUCUCUACAUCAACGAGUGGGAAGAGGGCGAGCAAGAAUAUGUUAGAGAGAAGGGGUUUUCGGUAUUUCUUAUGCCCGCGGGAAUGCUUGGUACCCUCGUGGCAUUGUGGGACGUGCUUCCCAUUUUCUCCAAUUCUGGGUGGGGUGAAGGCUCCAAUAUUGCCUUCUUGGAGAAGCACAUGGGUGCGACAUUCACCAAACGUCCAGGCCCUAUUAUUUCCAACAUUACUAUGGCGGAAGUGCAUUCAGGGGAUUUUCUAGCUCUCUCCAAAAUUCGUGGUCGAUGGGGAGGCUUCGAAACUCUGGAGAAAUGGGUGACAGGUGCUUAUGCCGGGCACACGGCUGUAUGUCUUAAAGACGAUGAUGGCAACCUUUGGGUCGGCGAAUCCGGUCAUGAAGAUGAGGAGGGGAAAGAGGUUAUCGUCGUAAUACCAUGGGACGAGUGGUGGAGUGACCAGCUCACAGAUGAUGCGGAUCCUCAAAUCGCCCUCUUACCUUUGAGUGCCGAAGCGAGAGCUAAAUUCAACAACACAGCUGCUUGGGAGUAUGCACGUAAAAUGAAUCGGCAGCCCUAUGGAUACCACAAUAUGAUCUUCAGUUGGAUUGACACGCGAACCGACAAUUAUCCUCCACCUCUUGAUGCAAACUUGGUGGCAUCUGUGAUCACGAUGUGGACUCGCAUUCAGCCUGAUUAUGCCUCAAAUAUGUGGAAUGAAGCUUUGAACAAGCGACUUGGAACUGAGGGACUUGAUCUUCCAAAUGUGAUUUAUGAGAGCGAGCAACGAGGUAUACCUUUUGAGGAGCUUCUUGCAUUCCCAGAGCAAGAUGAUUGGGUGUACAGUGAUGGGCAGUCAACAACCUGUGUUGCAUUUAUCCUCGAAAUGUACAAGGAGGCUGGAUUGUUCGGAGAUCUCGCCGAUCGUAUUCAAGUCACAGAAUUUACGAUACGAGAUGCUUACAUGCUGAACUUUUUCGAAAGCGAUCAUUCGAAGCUACCUUCGUUCUGCAAUCUCGGGGGAGAGGAUCUCAAGCUGCCUUUCUGUCAAAUUCUGGGCGGAUAUUGGAUGGAGCUUCCUGACUUCAACACUAUUACCCCUUAUGCGCACAUGGACGAGACUUGCCCGACAAUCCCGCCGGAUUAUAAAAGGCCUAAAAAUUGCUGAAUUUUCAUGGACUGGAGCUGUACAUACUGCACACCAUGUUAUAGCUAGGCACAAUUUUACGUUGUACAUAGUAAGAUCCUGCCUUGUUUGCUUUACUGUUAGUUAUAACGAAGGCACAAUCCCACAAUGGUUGAUUAGCAUUACUGAUGAAAUGUCUGUGUUGAGGGCUGCUGUCUUCAGACAACCUCCUGGAAGUAAAAUAGAAGCAUGGAAAUGCUAAUGUAUACUACUUGUAGGGAGCAUGAAGCUCUUCUCAAGAAAUGGUUCACAAGAUAGGAAUUUGAACUCGCCCCUUCUGCCUGUGAGUUGGAGGUCGGAGUAAUGUACAGUUCUCUGUGGUUCUUUGUGAAGCAAGGCCUGAAAGUCUGAUUGUUUCGUCUGAACUACUUUCCCAACUCUUAGCCAAUGAACAAAAAUAAGCUUGAAA